UUCCUCAGUAUAGUGCUGGCCACCAAGCUGUGCGGAUCUGUGGAGAGAUGGGGAGCCUGUCCGCUGUGUGCGCCCUCUUCGCCGGGGUGAUAGUGCCCACCCUGGCCGGGUACAUUGAGGCACUCGCUGCUAAUACCGGCAUCGGAUUUGCCGUGGCUGAGCCGCAAGUAGCCAUGUUUUGUGGCAAACUGAACAUGCAUGUAAAUAUUCAGACUGGAAAGUGGGAGCCGGACCCGUCCGGGGCCAAGAGCUGCUUCGGGACCAACGAAGAGGUUCUUCAGUACUGCAAGGAGGUGUAUCCAGAACUCCAGAUCAGUAACGUGGUGGAAGCGAACCAGCCUGUGAGCAUCGACAACUGGUGCAAGAAGGGCAAGAAGCAGUGCAAGGGGCACUCCCACAUCGUGGUGCCGUUCAAGUGUCUGGUGGGCGAGUUCGUCAGCGAUGUGUUGCUGGUCCCAGAGAGAUGCAAAUUCUUCCACAAGGAGAAGAUGGACGUCUGCGAGAGCCACCAAUACUGGCACAACGUGGCCAAAGAGGCCUGCAUGACGGAAGUCAUGCUCUUGCACAGCUACGGCAUGUUGCUGCCGUGCGCCGUCGACCAGUUCCGCGGCACCGAAUACGUCUGCUGCCCUCAAACCAAAAUCCUCGACGAGGCUCUGUCCAAGGAGGAAGAAGAGGACGAGGAAGAUGAGGACGAGGAUGACUAUGAUAUGUACAAGAGCGAGUUCCCGACAGAGGCAGAUGUAGAGGAUUUCACAGCUGCAGCGGAGGAGGAAGAAGAGGAUGAAGAUGAGGAUGAAGACGAUCAUGAGUUUGUUGAGUUCCGCGAUUAUUAUUAUGACAAAGAAGAUGACUACGGCGAGGAGGCCGCGGUGGAACCUACUACAGAAGCCACAAACGGGAGGCCUGUACCUGGGAAAGAUGUCCUCUCUGACGUGAAAGCUGUCUGCUCCCAGGAGGCCAUGACCGGCCCGUGCCGGGCUAUGAUGCCGCGAUGGUACUUCGACGUUGGCCAGAAAAGGUGUGUCCGGUUUAUAUACGGCGGCUGCGGCGGCAACAGGAACAAUUUUGAGUCAGAGGAUUAUUGCAUGGCCGUUUGUAAGAUAAUGAUCCCGGCCACCCCGGCCCCGGCCGAUUACGUGGAUGUCUACCUAGAAACUCCUGCCGAUGACAAUGAGCAUGCGCGCUUCCAGAAAGCCAAAGAACAGCUGGAGGUUCGCCACCGGAACCGCAUGGACCGGGUUAAAAAGGAAUGGGAAGAGGCUGAGAUUCAGGCCAAGAACCUGCCAAAGGCUGAGAAACAGACGCUCACGCAGCAUUUCCACUCCAUUAUUAAGGCUCUCGAGAAGGAGACUGCCCACGAGAAGCAGCAGCUGGUUGAGACCCACCUGGAGCGCGUCGAGGCCAUGCUGAACGACAAACGCCGCGUCGCGCUGGAGAAUUACCUGGCGGCGCUGCAGGCCGACCCGCCUCGCCCCCGCCGCAUCCUCCAGGCCCUGAAACGUUACGUCAGGGCGGAAAAUAAAGACAAACUCCACACCGUCCGUCACUACGAACACGUUCUUGUUGUGGAUCCAGAGAAGGCCGCGCAGAUGAGAUCCCAGGUUAUGACCCAUCUCCAUGUGAUUGAAGAAAGGAUGAAUCAGAGUCUCUCUCUGCUUUACAAGAUCCCGUACGUCGCGGAUGAAAUCCAGGAUGAAAUUGACGAGCUGUUCCAGGAGCAGCGGGCAGACAUGGACCAAUUCACUUCUUCCUUCUCCGAGUCCCAGGGAGACGUCCGGGUCAGCGAGGAGGAGAGCGAAGAAGUGCCGCUCGGAGAGGGCGAUCCUUUCCGACCAUUCCAGGUUAAAAGCAUCCCAGCAAUUCCAGAAUCUGAAGAAACACAACCGGAUUCGUAUCAUCCCGUGAGAAAAGGCUCCGGGAUGCUCAAUCACAACACCCUGAUCGGUGCGGAGGAGAAGAUCAUCAACCGGAAGAGCAAAGCGGAUCAGAAAGUGGUCAUCGACGAGACGGUUGACGUGAAGGAAAUGAUUUUCAACGCGGAGCGAGUCAGCGAACUUGUGGACGAGCCGGAAACAAAGGAGUCCAUGCGCAACGAGUUCACUUUCAGCAGCGGGACUCUCAUUGGACUGCUGGUUAUCGCCGUAGCCAUAGCAACAAUCAUUGUGAUCAGCCUGGUCCUGCUGAGGAAGAGGCAAUACGGCACCAUCAGCCACGGAAUAGUGGAGGUGGACCCCAUGCUGACCCCCGAGGAGCGCCAUCUGAACAAGAUGCAGAACCACGGCUACGAAAACCCAACGUACAAAUACCUGGAGCAGAUGCAGAUCUAAAUGCCACGCGGAGGGGGCGGGGCAGGGGCAAGGGGGGGCGGGGUAGGUGACAAAAGCCCAGGCGGGAUAUGUAAUGGGUAAAAGGGGCCAAAGAAAGGGGAGGGGCAUUGAUUUGAGUUUCAGCGACGAUCGGUCGCCGUGUCGAUAGAGACGACCCGGCCUGUUGGGCACCGGCGGACUCUUAAUUAUCACUUCCAAGAUUAAUAUUCCAUUCCUUUAAACGGGUGACGGAAAUAGAGAGUUGAAGCCGAGAUCCUCGGCAGAUAUUUUAUUGAUGAUCUUUUAAGAUGUAGUUAUUUGUUUAUUGAUUUUUAUUUUAAAUCAAAUCCAGUUCAGAUCACUUGUGUCUCUUCUGCAUACAUUAUAAAUAUAUAAAAAUAUAUAUAAAUGGGGGGGAAAUGUUCAUUUCUGUUCUCGAUUUUCAGUAGAAUGCUUGUUUAUGCUGCAUCUUUCUAUUUUACCGGCUUAUUUAAAAAAAAAAAAAAAAAAUGGGGGAAAAAAAGUUGUUGGCAGGCGUAGCCCCGGACGGCAGCUUCGCGGGGAGAAGACCCGGCGCGUCUCAUCGACGUACCCCUGAGCUGUCUAGCGGCGGGCGUCUCACCGGCUUCUCAGACUUUCAUUGUUUUAAUGCGUACUACUGAUUCUGGCCCCUUGUUUGGGUCCGUAUGUUUGAUUUUAGGGGACCACCCGACAUUCACCCAACUUCUUCUCGUUAUGUUGGCAUAGUGCCCAUUCCACCCGGACCCCCGGUCCGUUCCCGGGCUGUAUAGUCAUUUUAUUUUGUAUGGCCUUGCUAAAUUGUUACUAGCGCACUUUAGAAAGCCCUCGGAAUCAACGUUUCGGCAGCAAGAACAAGGCUGCCGGCGGACAUCGCAUGACCACAAAGCACAAGCUGGCAGCUCUCCACCCGGGAGGCAUGUACCACCACAGCUCAUUUUAACCAUUCAGCUGCCAGAGAAGAGACCCCUGGCACACUGAGGGUUAAUCGCUGUGUGGCCUGCGCCCCGGCCCUGCGAGCGAUAUAUAAAACGCGGCGCUUGCUUUUCCCCCGGAGAGUCGAUCGUCCGCAGCCCCCCGUCUCUGUGAAGCUUGUAUCCUCGAUGUUUGCUGUCACCGCAUCUCCCGUUCGAUUAUUUUCUAAAUUCCAAGGUUCUGGUAACCUGUGAUGUCUUUCGAUAUUUACUUCCUUUUUUAUCGUUUUUUCCCCUAAAAUUUUACUGUGAUGUUUGAAAUUUUUUUUUUUUACGUUUUCUAUAAUUUCUCGCACUAUGCACAGAUUUAUCUUUAACCUGCAAGAUCCCUUUUGUGUGUUCUGUGGGGAAUGUAAAAAAUCGGAAAACACGUCAAUAAACACUAACUUCCAUAGGA